AUGAGAAUGAUUGGCUUGACCAAACCCAACGAGUCCACCCUGACUGUGUAUCGGCUGUUGGGUCGUUUCUGUGGCAUUGCAGUGUUGGGUUGUUGGAUGUGGUGGCUGUUGGGACGAAAGGAUGUCAUCCUUCUCGUUUGGGCCUUCACCGCGGUGUGCUCUAUUUGCUCUCUCAUGUUGUUCUUGAUGUUUGUCGCUGGAGCUUUGGAAGACAUUUUGUUGCUGACAUGGGUUCAUCCUGACAAGGCGGUGGACUGGGUCGUUGUCGGUCGAUAUGCCCAAGAGACGCCAUUGGGUGUCUUGUCGAGUUGGAUGGGAACCAUUUUGCACCGAGGGCGCGACUGGUGCCACAAAAUGGAGGGAGAGUACUUCUACACCGAGGACGAAUUCAUCCACGAGGCAAUGGACAUUGACAACUAG